GGCAGCGUCGCGCGCGCGGAGCCGCCGCCGAGGUGCUGCUGGGCGCCUGUCCCGGAGCCGUCCGUGUGCCCGCCGGAGCCCGGCGCAGACUGAUUUUCAAAAAUGCCAAGUAGGAAAUUCGCCGAUGGGGAGCUGGUGAGAGGCCGAUGGCCUGGGAGUUCGCUUUACUUUGAAGUAGAAAUCCUGAGCCAUGACAGCAACUCCCAGCUUUACACUGUCAAAUACAAGGAUGGCACCGAACUUGAACUGAAGGAGAAUGAUAUCAAGCCUCUAACUUCCUUCAGGCAAAGGAAAAGUGGCUCCACGUCCAGUUCUCCCUCCAGACGGCGAGGGAGCAGGUCGAGGUCGCGCUCCCGGUCCCCAGGCCGGCUCCCUAAAAGUUCCCGCCGGUCCGCCUCCGCUUCGCACAAGGCCGACGUUAAGGAAAUGAGGAAGGAAGUGUUGGAAGUGAAAUUGACCCCGCUGGUGUUGAAGCCAUUUGGAAAUAGCAUCUACAGAUACAAUGGUGAGCCUGAGCACAUAGAGAGGAACGACAUACCCCACAAAAACACACAGGAAAAAUUUCACUUGCCACAAGAACGUAGUUAUACAUCUACAGAGUAUAGCCUUCGUCCAAGAAGAGAAGAGAUCAAAUUAAAAGAAGUCGAUUCUAAGGAAGAGGAAAUUGUUACAAAAGGAGCUACAUCGUUGAGAACCUGUGAAGUGACAGGCACACGGACGAAGGAGUUAGAGUUCGGAGGAGUGCCUGGUAGGCUGCAGAGCCGGGGUGAAGUGACAGGCACACGGACGAAGGAGUUAGAAUUCGGAGGAGUGCCUGGUGUGUUUCUCAUCAUGCUUGGCCUGCCUGCCUUCCUCUUCAUGUUGCUGCUGAUGUGUGAACAGAGGGAGCCUAGCCUGCUGAGCUUCCCACCUCCUUUGCCAGCUUUGUCUGAUUUAUGGGAACCCAGAGUAUUUGGGGUCUACCUCCUCUGGUUUAUUCUGCAGGCUCUCUUCUACUUACUGCCAAUUGGGAAGGUUGUAGAAGGAACGCCUCUUACCGAUGGAAGAAGACUCAAGUAUAGAUUAAAUGGAUUCUAUGCUUUUAUCCUGACAUCGGUUGUGGUUGGAGCAUCUCUCUUCUGGGGUGUGGAGCUGUAUUAUGUGUACAACCAUUUCCUUCAGUUUGCACUGGCAGCCACUGUUUUCUCUGUGGUCCUGAGUGUUUAUCUCUUCGUGCGGGCCUGGAAGGCGCCCCGGGAGGAGCUGUCCCCAGCCAGCUCUGGAAAAGCCAUCUAUGAUUUCUUCAUUGGCCGUGAAUUAAACCCUCGGAUUGGCACUUUUGAUCUCAAAUACUUUUGUGAACUGCGCCCCGGAUUGAUUGGAUGGGUGCUUGUUAACUUGGUGAUGCUUUUGGCUGAGAUGAAGUUGCAGAAUCGUGCUGCUCCAUCCUUAGCAAUGAUUUUGGUUAACAGUUUCCAGCUCUUAUACGUGGUGGACGCUCUCUGGAACGAGGAGGCCUUGUUGACGACCAUGGACAUCACCCACGAUGGCUUUGGGUUCAUGCUGGCCUUCGGAGAUUUAGUGUGGGUGCCCUUCGUCUACAGCCUGCAGGCCUUUUAUUUGGUCGGUCAUCCACGUGAAGUGUCGUGGCCAGUGGCUUCUCUAAUCAUCGCUCUGAAACUUAGCGGAUAUGUAAUCUUCCGAUGUGCAAAUUCUCAGAAAAAUGCAUUCCGGAAAAAUCCCACCGAUCCAAAGCUUGCACAUUUAAAAACCAUUCAUACUUCAACGGGAAAAAAUCUCCUCGUUUCCGGAUGGUGGGGUUUUGUUCGCCACCCCAAUUACCUGGGGGAUCUCAUCAUGGCCCUGGCCUGGUCCCUCCCGUGUGGUUUUAGUCACAUUCUGCCUUAUUUCUAUGUGAUCUAUUUCACCGUAUUGCUGGUCCACCGAGAGGCCCGGGAUGAGCACCAGUGCAGGAAGAAGUACGGCCUGGCCUGGGAGAAGUACUGCCAGCGCGUGCCCUACCGCAUAUUUCCCUACAUUUACUGAUUCUGUUCUAGCCUGUUGUUUAAUGCUCCUGCAAUUCCAGCUUCCAUUUGCAAAAACAAGAAAAAAAAAUCCCAAACGAACCUUCUUUUGUUGCACUGACAGGAUCUUUAAGUUUUUUCUUUUUGAGUCAGGACUAUAGAGCCGAGUAGUAAGUCUUUUAAUAUAGCCACGCUUAUUUUUAUUAAAUAAUAACAAUUAACAUGAGGAAAAAUCUAAAGAAUGAGAAUUUGCAUUCUAAUAGGAGAUUUUCAGUCCUUUAAAAUCUGUAAACAGAAAACAGUCUUAUAAAUGCACUGAAAAGAAUACUAUUGAUGUUUAUGGUUUUGAUGACUUUUCAAAUUUUGAUUUUUUUUUUGUUCUGUCAGUUGGUUUUUCUUAAAUGAAAACUGUUACAUUUAAAGUACAUUUGUUUUAGUGCAUUAAGAGAAUUUUCGUUUGUUUCCCCUGAAAUUAAUUUCCUAGUUCUGUGAUUUGAAAGUAAAAACCGGUCCUGUCUUUAAUGCUCUGUGAAGAGGAUGAAAGAUUAUUAGCAGGCACUGUUUAAGGGAGACCACUAGGAAUAGUAGUUUAACCUCAGCUUCCAAAACUGCGUUUGAAACUGUAAAUACAUAGCUUGUAUGUAAUAUAUGGUGACUUCAGAUUUUUCUGUACAGUAUUUUGAAUGUGAAAUAAUUGUCAGGACUAAGUAUCUUUUUAACAAAAACAUUUGCAGUAUUUUAAAUUAAGUUUUGUAAAGUAAUACAUGUGAAUUAAAAAUUUUGAAGCAAUUAGAAUUCACUUAAUAUUGUAUAAAAGAUGCUAUUAAAACAUAGGAAGAGUGUUUUUUUUUUUAAUCCAAAGUGUGUGAAUUUGGCUUUGCUACCUCAACUGCAGAUGUUUGUUUGCCUUUUAUAAACUGAUGCAAAUAGAAAAAAAUAGAAUAAAUAUAUAUUUUUGGAGUAACAUCACUAUUUAAACAUUUUUACAUGGAUUGGUGUUUGAAAAUUUGCCAUUUCAGGCUACUAUUUUUGUAUGUUUUUGACUUUUUUAAUUAACCCGUGUUUUUGCUACUGUUGAGCUCAUGCCGUUUAUACUGUAUUUUGUAUAUGCUUUGUUUUUACAAAACUCUCCUCCCUGUGAAGGAGUAUGGGGUUCAUCUUUAGAAGUCUGUUCAUCUAAAAACAAUUUAAGGGGAUAGCUUAAAAUCAUUUCUCUCUUUUAGUUUAAUAGAUGUGCAUAAGGUAGCUUUAGCUGUGAAAUUCUACGUAAGUUGAUAUCGAGUCUCAUUAUUAAUCGUCCAAUAAUGGAACAGUAGCAAAUUCACUAAACUUUUGUAUUCAAAGUUAAAUUGUUCUCGGUAUCUUAAACAUAGGGGAAUCCAAUAAAUAUAGUGUGUAUGUUUGGGUUUUUAAUCACACUUUGUAUAUAUGAGCCAUUUAGAUACGCAGUGUUCGUUCCACACUGCAAUUUGAGGUGGAUGUGACUUAGCUUAUGCCACGUGAUCAUGAAGGUGGUUUGCUCUAGCAUUCUGCAUCCUGUAGGCCUUGAACAAGGUUUUGGGGAAAUCGUCAGUGUUUUACUAGUACUGAUGUAUGCAGGCGGUUUUUUUAUUAUGCUUUGCUCCUGGCCUCCGGCAUACUCUGUACUAGAUUCACCAAGGAAGCUUUGGGAGAAAUAGAAGGACAGUUGAUUCUUUCCUGGUGAUGAAAAGAGAGCCUGUUACCAGCACAGGGCUGCAAUUUCUGGACAUCAGCUAUAAUUUGUUUUUAAUUUUGUUUUUGACAUGUUUAUUUGACAAGUUUUAUAAUGAAGUUUUAAGUUGGAAAUAAAGUUGAAAAUAAAAAGAUGUUGCUUUGA